GCCGCCGCUACUACCUGUAUAUCACGACUCCGAAUUAUUUAACCCUAAUCUUCAACGAUUUUCGAUAGAUUACGAUGGCUGAGCCAGAACUCUGGUCGUCGCCCGUGGUGCAGACCCUCUUCGCUCGUUCGCCUCCCGCUCCGCUCUCGCCGAAAGACAUAUGGCACCAGGAUCUUACAGCUCAGAUCAACCAGCUGUCAGCUAAUCUCAACGUCAGAGCUGUCCUCCACCUGCUCAAUGAUGAUUUCAAUGGCUGUCACGAGCUUGUACAAACCCAAGAAGGCAAUCCCUAUUCUGAUCACUUGCACUCGAUCGCUCAUAGGCGUGAGCCCGACUACGAGAACUCCAAGUAUUGGAUUGCAAGUUUCUCUCAUGAGCACUUGACGGAGAUAUACUCGCCUGGUGGCACCAUUACUCAGGCUAAGCAGGAAAUGACCAAGUUUGUAGAUGCUGUACAAUCUGUCGAGGCUUCCGGAAAUGGGGUCGCGGACCAUGAGAAGAGGCAGUGGGAAGAAAUGACGAAGCUUGCGAGAAUCCUGAUUGACUCGGAAUAGGGACUUUUAGCUUUGAAAUAGAGACUUGUGAUUGUGCGCGGAAGUAUCACUGAGAUGAUUGCAACCUGGUGUGCUAGCACUCGCCACAACUUGUACCCUGUAAUAUCUGUUCAUGAACCACUGUUAGUCAGGCUCUGAAAGAUAAGGCUGAUGUCGCGUAGA